AUGUGGACGCGUGCCGGUUUAUUGAUGGAGGAAAAGCCGGAGCAAGCUUUAUUGUGUCAGGAUAACUUAGACAGAGCAUCUCCAGAUCUUUGGCCAGAGCAAAGGGUAUCGGAAUUUAUGUCGUCAAGACAAAAUGAGAUCAGUCUCCAAACACCGCCGAAAUAUGCAACUGAUCUUGAUAAAGAAGACUUGGAAUUGAUACAUGUCUUUCUACUCAACAAUUGA